CGCUGCCUUCGAGCGAGCGCGCAGACGGCUCGGUCUCACGGAGGUCGCCGCCGCUCGCUGCCCUCCGCGCCGCUCAGCGCGCGCGUCCCGCCGGAGUCCGAGCGCACAGCCCGCGCCUCGCGGGCCGAGGGAGGGCGGCUGCCGGCCGGGGAUGGGCGGCGGGGGACUCCGCGCGCUGCUCCUGGCGCUGGUGGCCGCGGGGACCCCGGCGGCCGCCUACAACCUCGACCCGCAGCGCCCCGUGCGCUUCCAGGGCCCCGCCGGCUCGCUCUUCGGGUACGCGGUGCUGGAGCAUUUCCACGACAACACGCGCUGGGUUCUCGUGGGGGCACCAAAAGCAGAUUCUAAAUACAGCACUUCAGUUAAGUCCCCAGGGGCUGUAUUUAAGUGCCGUGUACACACCAACCCUGACCGGAGAUGCACCGAACUGGACAUGGCUCGAGGGAAGAAUCGUGGAGCAGCCUGUGGAAAGACCUGUCGAGAAGACCGGGAUGAUGAGUGGAUGGGGGUGAGCCUGGCUCGGCAGCCUGGGGCGGACGGCCGAGUGCUGGCCUGUGCCCACCGCUGGAAGAACAUUUACUAUGAAACAGAUCAUAUCUUGCCUCACGGCUUCUGUUACAUCAUCCCAUCCAAUCUCCAGGCAAAAGGCAGGACACUAAUCCCUUGCUAUGAAGAGUACAAGAAGAAGUAUGGUGAGGAACACGGCUCCUGCCAAGCAGGGAUAGCAGGCUUCUUCACUGAGGAGCUGGUGGUGAUGGGUGCCCCAGGGUCAUUUUAUUGGGCUGGGACAGUCAAAGUGCUGAACCUCACAGACAACACCUAUUUUAAACUCAACGAUGAAACAAUCAUGAAUAGGAGAUACACCUACCUGGGUUACGCAGUGACUGCUGGCCACUUCUCUCACCCAUCCAGCACUGAUGUGGUUGGAGGUGCCCCACAAGAUGAAGGCAUUGGAAAGGUUUAUAUUUUUAGAGCCGACAGAAGAUCAGGCACAUUAAUUAAGAUUUUUCAGGCAUCAGGUAAAAAGAUGGGCUCUUACUUCGGCUCCUCCUUAUGCGCAGUUGACCUGAACAGGGAUGGCCUUUCGGACCUGCUAGUGGGUGCCCCCAUGUUUUCCGAGGUCAGAGAUGAGGGGCAGGUCACCGUCUACAUCAACAGAGGAAACGGAGUCCUUGAGGAGCAGUUGGCCCUGACCGGGGACAGGGCCUACAAUGCACACUUUGGGGAGAGCAUCGCCGGCCUGGGGGAUCUCGACGAUGAUGGGUUCGCAGAUGUGGCCAUUGGUGCACCCAAAGAAGACGACUUUGCAGGGGCAGUCUAUAUCUAUCAUGGCGAUGCCGGUGGGAUUGUCCCCCAGUACUCAAUGAAAUUGUCUGCACAGAAGAUAAACCCAGUCCUGCGAAUGUUUGGGCAGUCCAUAUCAGGAGGCAUUGAUAUGGAUGGAAAUGGGUAUCCGGAUGUUACCAUUGGUGCUUUCAUGUCUGACAGCGUGGUUCUUCUGAGGGCCAGACCUGUCAUUACCGUGGAUGUCUCUAUCUUCCUCCCAAGCUCCAUCAACAUCACAGCACCUCAGUGUCAUGAUGGACAACAGCCUAUAAAUUGCCUGAAUGUCACUGUCUGCUUUAGGUUCCAUGGCAGACAUGUUCCAGGAGAAAUUGGUCUGAAUUACAUUCUGACGGCUGAUGUGGCCAAAAAGGAGAUGGGCCAGCUUCCCAGGGUCUACUUUGUUUUGCUAGGAGAGACUGCUGGCCAGGUCUUGGAGAAGCUACAGCUGGCCCACACGGAGGAGCUGUGUCAUCACUAUGUGGCCCAUGUGAAGCGGAGGGUGCAAGACGUCAUCAGCCCGAUCGUGUUUGAAGCUGCCUACAACCUCGGAACACAUGUGACUGGCGAGGAAGAGAGGGAGCUCCCUGCUCUGACACCAGUUCUACGCUGGAAGAAGGGACAAAAGAUUGCCCAAAAGAAUCAGACUAUCUUUGAAAGGAACUGCCGAUCUGAGGAUUGUGCUGCCGACCUGCAGCUCCAGGGUAAACUGUUGCUCUCCAGUAUUGACGAGAAAACCCCCUAUCUAGCUUUAGGGGCUGUGAAGAAUAUCUCUCUAAACAUCUCCAUCUCCAACCGUGGGGACGAUGCCUAUGAUGCCAAUGUGUCCUUCAAUGUGUCCCGGGAGCUCUUCUUCAUCAACAUGUGGCAGAAAGAGGAAAUGGGCAUCUCCUGUGAGCUGCUGGAAUCAGACUUCCUCAAGUGCAGCGUGGGAUUUCCUUUCAUGAGGUCAAAAUCAAAGUAUGAUUUCAGCGUAAUCUUUGAUACAAGCCACCUGUCUGGGGAAGAGGACGUUCUCAGCUUCAUCAUUACUGCUCAGAGUGGUAAUGUGGAGCGCUCUGAAGCCCUGCUUGACAACACUCUUAUACUGACGGUGCCGCUGGUGCACGAAGUGGAUACAUCCAUCACUGGGAUCGUGUCUCCAACUUCAUUUGUGUAUGGUGAAUCUGUGGACACAUCCAACUUCAUUCAGCUGGAUGACCUGGAGUGUCAUUUUCAACCCCUCAACAUAACCAUUCAGGUCUAUAACACUGGCCCAAGCGCUCUUCCUGGAUCAUCUGUCAGCAUUUCAUUCCCUAACCGACUGACACCUGGUGGUGCUGAGAUGUUUCAGGUCCAGGAGAUGGUGGUGGGCCAAGAGAAGGGAAACUGCUCUUUCCAGAAAAACCCAACCCCCUGCAUCAUCCCUCAAGAACAAGAAAAUAUCUUCCACACCAUAUUUGCUUUUUUCACAAAGUCUGGAAGAAAAGUCUUGGACUGUGAAAAUCCAGGAAUGCCUUGCCUAACAAUACACUGUAACCUUAGCGCUCUCAAUAAAGAAGAAAGUCGUACAAUAGAUGUUUACAUGCUGCUGAACACAGAAAUACUGAAGAAGGACAGUUCAUCUGUCAUCCAGUUCAUGGCUCGGGCUAAGGUGAAGGUGGAGUCUGCCCUGCAGGUGGUGGAAGUACCCAAUGGGAACCCAGAAGAAAUGAUGGUGGUCUUUGAGGCCUUGCACAAUCUGGAGCCCCGCGGCUAUGUGGUGGGAUGGAUCAUCGCCAUAAGUUUGCUGGUGGGAAUCCUCAUCUUCUUGCUGCUAGCAGUGCUACUGUGGAAGAUGGGCUUCUUUCGCCGAAGGUACAAAGAAAUUAUUGAAGCCGAGAAGAACCGGAAAGAGAAUGAAGACAGUUGGGACUGGGUCCAGAAAAACCAGUGACCUGCCACGCCAGUCAUAUGACCCAAAUCACUAGCCUGUUGUCCUAGAUCUUUGUAUCUUCCAUAUUUGGAAGAAAAGAAUCUUCUCCAGAUUUUUCGGAGGCCCCACUGAUGCUGUUCUCUUUCUCAUUCUUUCAAGCCCAGGUGCCAGCCUGCGGCAGCCGGCCAGGUCACAUGACCAGAGCCACAGCCACUUCCUGUUUAAAGAGAACUCUGAAUUUUGGAAAGCAAGCUACAGAGCCGAGCAAUAUUUAUGGAUGCAGAUGCAUGGUCAACCCUCAGGGGAAAACUGUUAUCUAAAAGUAUUUUUAUAAAUAUAAGCCUUUUAUACUGAUCAUGUCUUUAUAUUUGUAUCAAUGAUUUAUUUCUAUUAAAUAGUUAUAUAAUUCACUCAAGCACUGAUAUUUGGCCAGACAUCUUGGAAACACUCGCACUCAGAUUUAAAAGGAUAAAAAUCUCAUUGUACUUGUGGAACUUUCUGUUCAAAAAGAUGUGCAGAUAAAGUAAGCUGAAGAUACUUCAUGAAAUGAAUCCACCAUGUUGGCUGUGCUACAGAUAAACUAGAGAUGGCGAGACCCCAAAAAGAUUUCACAUUUUUAUUGCCGGGAGUCAAGUUUGGAGGCAUGUAUUAAGGAACUUUAAGUGUUUUUGCAUAUGUCCCUUUCAUUGGAAGAUUCCCAGCAGGAAUUUGAAUGGAAACACUGAUUCCUAGAGCAGGCCUGCUCUCAUCACCUCUGUGCAUCACCCCACCCUCCUUCUCCUUGAGCUGAGAGAUGAAGGCUUGGAGCAAUGCUAUGUGGUGACCUGUCAACUUCACAGUGGCGUCUCAUCUUGAACACCACAGAUCAGUGUUCACACCCCACAGAGACUGAAUCCGCACCUCAGUCCCCCUUAUCCACAAAGACUUGUCUAAAUGCGGUGUGAGACACGGCCUUUUCAUGGUAUACUAGGUCACAGGUCUCCACUUCCCUUACUGUUCUUGUAGUCCCCAGUGAGUGGUAAUUGCAAUUUUCUUCCUAGAGAUAACUAUGCAACCUAUCCUUUUUAUUAUUCUUGUUUUUUAAAGUGUUUUAGGUAUGAUUCCCAAGAAGCAGACCCUAAAUCAAAGAUCUGUGUACGAGAAAAUUACUAAAAAAGUGUUUACCACGUGAUACCAGUAAGAGUGUAAAAGAGAGGGUCAAGGAAAGUAAAGAAACCAGGCAAACAUGCCCAUUUCAGGGCAAGUUCACCAAGGGUGGCUUCAGCCUGAUUACCUUUGAGGGUAAGUGAUGUCUUGGAGUUGUCACAACCUGAGGAAAGGGAGCUAGGCUGUCUUAUUCCCAUACCCAGGGGAAAUGUAAACUUUAUGCUCUUGAUUCCUACUGCCAAUGUGGCUCUGUCCUCUACAGGAGAGCUGCAAGUGCAAACCCAACCCAAGAGACACAGAAACAAUGCAAAAAGAAAUGAUGUCUAUAGAGAUUCGUGCAGAACACUAAUGCCCUCUCCCUCCCACCACCACUCUACAGGUGUGAAUGCUGAGUUAUGGCCUUCAGAUCCAAGUUCUCUGUUUGACAUCAUUGGGUGCUGCUUGGUUUUGAGUGCAAAGUGAUUUUCUAGAAGAGUGAUGAAGUGAUGGAGGUCGCAUGUCCACCACUACAUCUGGCCCUUUGUGAACACUCAGUAAAUGUUAACGGCUAUGGCUGCUGCUCCACUGCUGGGUAAUCAACGAGUGAGGCAGAAAACAUGGGACUAAGCUCAGGGUCUGACAAAGAGUCUUAAAGCCUUAUUGUAGCCUUAUUGUAGCUAAAGCCCCAGCUACAUACAGAUGGCAUCAAAUGGGAAUGGGACAAGAGUCUUUCUUUUAAUGUCUUGUUUACUGGUCACUAACAUUGGAUACCUAUGAACAGUCAGGUACAAACUUGGCAUGGAGGACAUGUCUUUUGGUUUAUGCAGCUGAGUCUCCUGCAAGGUGAUGAAUGUGUCCUGCUUCCAUCCUUGGUGAACAUGGGGAAGGACAACGAAAGACAUGAUCCAGGUUAAUCCUAGAAGUCAGGGACAUUGCUUUGAACUGUGGAGUGUAAGCAUAGGAGUUGCUACAGCAUGGAAUCAGGCAAGGAAAUGAGUCCUUACUCAAGUUUGUUCCUGAGUUUUAUCAAAAGCAAUAGGAAAAAGUCCUGGCUGUAGUUUAGUCCGUUAACAGCCAUGCCCUGUUAGGGCCCCUGCUGUGUGUCAAACACUAGGUAGGUGCCAGGGGUUCCCAGUGAACACUGCAGACAUAGUACUUCCAGGAGGCAAGCUCUUGCACAGUAGGCAGACAGCCAUAGAACCCUGUUACUAAUAUCAUGUUUUCCUUUUCUAAGUCAUUCACGAUUCUUAGAUGGUAGACCUAGGGCAGCAGAUUUGUUCAAAUGCAUUGAAUACCGGUAAUCUGCCUUCUGCAGUGAGUGCAAAUACACCGGAGACGGUGUGGAAAGCCCACAGUCCUGCUAGUCACAGAGCCACGCCCACUGAGGGUAGGCAGGGUUCUAAAUAAUAGGUCACGUGAGCAGUCGCUUACCCAGGAGGCCACUAAGACUUUACAGGACUGUUCUUAAAACUGAACUUGGCAUCACAAGAAGAAAAUACUAGAAACCACUCCAGGGAUUAUCUGGGGAAGGAUAGUGUCUCUGCUUAACUGAUCCUGCUGAGUAGCAGGUGGACCUUAAAGGACAAGGACCUUAAAGGAACUCUCUCCAGUUGGGCAGUUCCCCAGCUCAUCCCAGAAGCCCUCAAUAGGUUCUCAGGGAAAGCAUCAGGUUGGACCAGUGUGUCUACGUUGUCACUGUAGAUUAUUCUUUUAAAAUUCCCCCUUUUCCAAAAAUGAUUCCCUUAGGCCUAGUCACAUAGGACUCAAGAGUUUGAAAUACUCCAAAUGAGCUUGGCCCCAUCACAAAGACGCCAGGAGGUUCAGAAACAAGGGGAAACUAGGAGUAGGGAUGGGGUCCGCUGACUUUAUAGUAACUGACAGGCACACAUCCAGCCCCUCAGCUGUGAUGUGGGGUGGGAUGGUGCUUCAGGAGACUUCAUUAGCAUCCCAGUGUUCAGAGACUUGGCAAACUAGAAAACACAGGAGAGAGUCCUCCAAGAAAUUAUGAGUAACCUCUAGUUUUUGAGCCAGAGACAGGGGGUUAAUAAACAAAAGCAGCAGCCCUCCAGGACACCUGAGGCCUGUCUCCCACAUGAGCAGAAAUAUGGCAGAUCCCUAGUGACCAUGGGCUGUGUACUCCUGAUUAUCCCCAGCAUGGUGGGUCUUGAAAUGUUAUCCACAACUGUUACUUUUGGAUGAAGCAUUAUGAUUUAAGUGAACACAGUUAGUUAAAUUGAUCACCUGUGAAAUGUGCACUUGGUGAAAUGUAUGCUUGACUCCAACCUCCCACACUUUAGAGUAGCCACAAAGAAUUGUCAUGGAGUGCGAGGUGUUAAUCUAGGACGUAGCUCAUUAUGAGACUGCUUGUGUAGGGUCAGUCCUCAGCAUCACCAUCAAAUUUCUGUUACCUGGGGGAAAUGGCCGUUCAGUGAACAAAAGGCAGAAGGUGCUCCAAGUAGAAAUGCUGCAAGUAUGUAGGAUUUCAGUGAUAUUUAGCUGUGAUAAUAGUAAGGGGUAGUGAUAUACAUAGUGGAGAACAUUUCCUGAUACAAAGAAUGACCGAAGGAAGGACACAGAGCCAGUAGGGUCAAAAUGAUGUCUUCUGAUUUUCAGCGCAUGAGAAACACAUUUCCCAAGAUGGCGCAAUGCUUUGUAGCACACUGAUCUGAUUUCAAAUGUUUUAAGAUACUGUUGUGUUGUGUUGUGUUGUGAACUCUAACAUGCAUGAUAUUUUGGCAGCAUGUGUUUAACAGUGUUAGGAUGAGGAAUGGCACAGCAGGCGCCCACAUUCACUGCACCUCCAGCUUCACCGAGGCAUCCUGCGCACUUCUGCUGAGGAAUUCUGGUGGGAGGGGUGUCCCUCCCCAUGAUGUCACAUGGAGUAAAGUUUAUGUAGUCACUUCUAAUUCACUUGCACUGUUUGGGAAAUGCCAGGUUUACAAAAUGACAUGUUUGGAAUAAAAAAAUGGCUACAAAUGA